GUGCCAAGUGAGAGGAUAAACCUAUUUUUAAGGCUAGAACCUUUCAGUGAGAAAUUAUCUACUUGGUUACAGGGAUAGUUUUUACAUAAGCAGUGAGAAGGCAAUUCUUACUGGGAUUGGUGGAAGCCCUUCCACAAUUAAGUACAUUCAUUCCAACCUUGCAAAAUCCCAACUGAAUCCAGAGGUAAUAAAUUUAAUGCAGAAAGUAACAGCUUCAGGACAACUUUUUUUCUUUUUAAAACUUUGGCCAGACCCCUUUCUCUUUAUUUCCUUCUAGUACACCUAGUAUAAAUGUGAUCCAGAAGCCCCUUCUCUUGAAUCCUUCAGAGGUGGGCUCCAAUAGGCUUAAUUUCUUUGGACUUCUAGUAUUUGACAAACUGCUAAUUGGAAUGCCCAAUAUUGUGCAUAUACACUGACUACAUCCCUAUCCUUAAAUGGUCAUCUUGCAAACCCUUAUUUGAGAUUACACAAGGGCUAAUGAGGAUGUGACUGGUGUAAGUACUGUUACUACUGGAAAAAAGUACACGACAAUGGACAUAAACUCUUAAUGUAAAAAAACACCCAGAGUUGGGAACAAAUAAAGUGAACUUAGUAUUUUAUAGUUCUGCCACAGGAACUGGACCCCAGGAAUAUUAAAUUAGAAAUAUCUAUUGUAAAUAUAUUUAACUUUUUUUACAACAUUUACAAUUUGCAACACUCAUACAAAAUGAUUUUGCAUUUUAGACCUAGAAUACUGAGAGGAAACACUUAGAAUUCUAGUGUCCAGGGGGAAGUUCUCAAAAUCUUUGAAUGCAAAAAUAAAAUAAAAAACAAUUUGUACCAUUUCCCCCUAAAGAGCUCUCUCCUAGUUUUUCAUUUUGUCCUAUGUCAAUACCAAAAGAAAUGGCACUUGCAAUCUUUUCUUCAACGUUUUACAACAGAGCUCCCUUCACCCUCCAGUCCUGAGAGAGCAGAUCUUGCAACUCCCCCUCAUCAUCACUGCCUAGGUUAUUCUCGUCCUCCUUUUUCUGCAAUUCCCUCAAAGUCAGUACUUCCUUCAGUUUACUUUUCAAGACGUCCUGGCGGUCCCUGAGCACCUCCACCCGACGAUAGCACUCGAUCUGUUCAUCUAUCUCCCCGAUCUGCCGGUCCAAACGACCCUCCUCAUCCUCCUCUGCUACGAUGGCUUCUGAAAUAGUGUUGACCUGCCUCAUGGCCUUCUGGAACUCGUCCCACUCCUUGUCCAUCUGGUCCUUGGGUGCGUCCACUUUGCGCACCUUGGCAUCGAUUUCAGGGUCAUCGAAGAACCCCUCUGGUAGAGCCUCAGCCGUAUUCUCCCGCCUUUCCACCACCUUCUCUUGCACUUCGGCCUUCUGGAUCGACCCCGAAUGGAAGACAACUGGGGCCGUCGGGGUCUUCUGGUCGAAGAAGUCAGCAGGCAGCCCGCUAGCCGCAGCCUCCUGCGAGGAAGGGGGAAGGGCGGGAGGUUGGGGUUCGCUAGCCUCUCCCUUUUUCUCUUCCUCCUCCUCCUCCUCGUCGUCGUCUCCGUAGUCUGGGAGCAAACUGAGCCCCGAUGCUUUUCGGGGGGCCUCCUUGGGCGCCUCCUUCCCGCCCGAGUCAAAGAAGUCGGCCGGCAGCCCGGGGGCGGCCGGCGCCGAGGCCUGGGGGCCGCCGCCCCGCGCUUUCUUUGCGUCCGGGUCCUCCGACGGUUCAGGGCCAGUUCUCUUGGCCGGCGGAGGGUGCACGGGCCCCGGGGCAGGUUCCUUGGGCCCCUUCAGCUGCGCCACCUUCUCCUUGUGCUGUUUUCCCAGGACGUGGGUGGGCCACAGCAGCUCGCUUUUCACCGCGACGCCGCACAGCGAGCAGCUCAACUGCCCCAAGCGGUUGUAUUUGGCGAAGGGGGACUCUACUUUCUUUCGGCUGGCGCUCAGCCGCUGCUUCUCGGACUUCAUGAGCCGUCGCAGCUCAUCCUGCUUCACGGUCCGCUUUCCAGCCGAAGCGGACGACGCCAUCUUGGCGGUCAGAAUCGGCGGAGACUGUCGCGCUUCCGCCUCUCUGCUGCGUUUCCACAACAUCCGCAAACAUCAUUUCCGGAUGCCGUCAAGGCACGCCGGCUCGCGGAUUGGCCAGAGAGGAGCCCAGAGAUGGCGGCGGUGAAGGCUCUCAACCCCAGGGCGGAGGUGGCGCGAGCCCAGGCUGCGCUGUCAGUCAAUAUCUGUGCGGCCCGGGGGCUACAGGACGUGUUGAGGACCAACCUGGGGCCCAAGGGCACCAUGAAAAUGCUUGUUUCUGGUGCAGGAGACAUCAAGCUUACCAAAGAUGGCAAUGUUCUCCUCCAUGAAAUGCAAAUUCAGCACCCAACAGCUUCUUUGAUAGCAAAGGUAGCAACAGCCCAGGAUGAUAUCACUGGUGAUGGUACGACUUCAAAUGUUCUGAUUAUCGGAGAGCUUCUGAAACAGGCAGAUCUCUACAUUUCAGAGGGUCUCCAUCCGAGGAUAAUAACUGAAGGUUUUGAAGCAGCAAAGGCAAAAGCCCUUGAAGUUCUGGAGGAGAUUAAAAUUGAGAAAGAAAUGACCCCAGAAAUCCUUCUAGAUGUGGCUAGAACAUCUCUCCACACUAAAGUUCAUGCUGAAUUGGCUGAUGUAUUAACAGAGGCUGUGGUAGAGUCUCUUCUAGCCAUUAGAAGACCAGGUUUUCCUAUUGACCUUUUCAUGGUCGAGAUAAUGGAGAUGAAGCAUAAGUCAGAAACUGACACAACGUUGAUCAGAGGGCUAGUUUUAGACCAUGGUGCUCGUCAUCCUGAUAUGAAGAAAAGAGUUGAAGAUGCUUUUAUUCUUACUUGCAAUGUAUCACUGGAGUAUGAAAAAACAGAGGUAAACUCUGGCUUUUUCUAUAAGACUGCAGAAGAGAGAGAGAAAUUGGUAAAAGCUGAAAGACAAUUUAUUGAAGAUAGAGUAAACAAAAUAAUAAAACUGAAAAGAGAAGUCUGUGAAGGUGGAAAUAAAGGAUUUAUUGUUCUUAAUCAGAAGGGCAUUGAUCCAUUUUCCUUAGAUGUCCUUGCAAAAGAAGGCAUUGUGGCUCUUCGAAGAGCUAAAAGAAGAAAUAUGGAACGGCUGACUCUUGCUUGUGGUGGGAUUGCUAUGAAUUCCCUUGAUGACCUCACUCCAGAAUGUCUGGGCCACGCUGGGCUUGUUUAUGAGUACACUUUAGGGGAAGAAAAGUUCACCUUUAUCGAGAAGUGCGACAACCCUCGCUCGGUGACCCUGCUGAUCAAGGGGCCCAAUAAGCACACGCUCACACAGAUCAAGGAUGCCAUCCGAGACGGGCUGCGGGCUGUCAAAAACGCUCUGGAUGAUCGCUGUGUCGUUCCGGGGGCCGGUGCCGUUGAAGUGGCAAUAUCUGAAGCUCUUGUCAAGCACAAAUUCAAUAUUAAAGGGAGAGCCCGCCUCGGAGUCCAGGCCUUUGCGGAUGCAUUGCUCAUCAUUCCAAAGGUACUCGCUCAAAAUUCUGGCUUUGAUCUCCAGGAAACACUGGUAAAAAUUCAGGCAGAACAUGCAGAAACAGGAAAACUUUUUGGUAUAGAUUUGAACACAGGUGCUCCGAUACUACCAGAAGAAUCAGGAAUUUGGGACAACUACUGUGUGAAGAAACAACUCCUUCACUCUUGCACAGUGAUUGCUACAAACAUUCUCCUGGUUGAUGAAAUUAUGCGAGCUGGUAUGUCUUCUCUCAAAGGAUGAAUUGAAUUCCAAACAAGCCUUGGAAGUUGAGUUUCAGUACAUCUGUGUAGCAGUUACCCAUAUAUUCUAAUUCAUUCUGAAUUUUUGCAAAUAAAUGCAGUUGAUUUUUUUCCUUCA